AUGGGCUUUGACAAAGCCGCCGAACGUUUGAAAGAAGCUGUCAAGAUUGGAGUCGACGCCGUUUUUCUGGAAGCGUUGCAAUCGAAGGACGAAGCGAGGAGAAUCUGCGAGAUGAUGGGAGACGUUCCAGUCCUACUCAACAUGGUUCCAGGCGGAACGACGCCUGAUAUUACAGUCAAUGAGGCGAGAGAGCUGGGUUUCAGAAUAAUCAUCUUUCCCGCGUUGAGUUUAACUCCAGUUACGUCAAGUGUUCAGGCAGAGUUGCAGCAUCUGAAGACGCAGGGUUUCGUCUCCCCAGAGCAUUCUGGGCCGGGCGUGAAGGGACUUUUCAAUAUGUGCGGCCUACAGGAGUGUAUUGAAAUCGACAAGGCUGCUGGCGGGAAAGCCUAUGCAGAUGUCGGCAAAUAA